AUGGUCGCUUUGGACUUCUCAAGAGGCCUCGGCCUGGCCGCCACAGUCUUGGCUCUAUCACAAGCAGUCAACGCCGCCAUCCUUCCUCGGCAGAGCAAUGAUGCCCUUCGACCUUGGGUGACGGUCCAAGCCGACGGCGCAGCCAAGACCAUCACCCCGACCGUCAACGACGGCAAGACCACGUCUGCCUUCACGGGCAGCUCUACUCUCCCCACGGCCGAUGCCAACGGCGCCGGGUCCUUCCUUUCAUGCAACCAGGCUGCGGGAGCCAACGGCGUCAAUCAGCCCUUUUGCUCUCCCAAGGCUGAUACUAAGGUUGAUGGAGGCAAGACCUAUUGGAUAACAUGGGACACCAGUCUCUUCCCCUUGCCCAAUACAAUGGUUCAAGUCCAGGGUGACUACGGCGUCACAAACGCCAUCGACCCAGGCCACGGCUUUACCUCCCAAAUGCUCCCCGCAUCCCAAGGCCACUUCGCCUGGGCAGCGGUAGGUUACAACAUGGCCGCCAACGAAUCUCUCACCGUCCAAAUCUUCCUCGCCCUCCCGCAGACCAACGGCUCCAUCACCGCCCGUCACCCAGGAGCCAAGGUCAGCAUCGUCAACCGGCCACAAAACGACAACAGCAACCAGAGACGCCGCGGACCCAACGUGUUUGGUAUCGUUCUCCCCAUCGUCUUUGGCGUGCUUUCACUGGUCGGCAUCGGCUGGUUCGUGUGGUGGUACGGCCGCAGAAAGGGCAUGUUCUCCUCCCGCGGCGGAGGCUACGGUGUCGGCAAGAGCCGUGGCCAGAGAACGGCUGACGUCAAGAUUGGUCUUGGAGACAAUGCGUUCUCGUCGCCUGAUCGGGGUGUUGAAAUGAUGCCGCCCCCGCCGAGACCGCCUCCGCCUUCGGAGGGUAAUGUCUUCCGUAACGAGAUGAGUAGGCAAGAGAGAAACGAGAGGGCGCAGACCAUGAUGUGA